AUGGUGCAGCCCAACAGUGACGAAGACGACUACGUCUUCCCUGAGACUACCGAAGUAAACAACGCCGAACGCGACCAUCCCCUAACUGUCAUCAAUAACCCAGCUUCCCCAAUGUCCACCGGCUGGGCGAUACUUUGGAACUCUGACAGCUCCUCCGAUGCCACAUCUGAGCCCAUCGAUAUUAAAACCUCACCCGAUCGGUCUCUACCAGCUCUUCAUCACCGCACCUUGCACCCUGAAUUAGAGAGCUGGCUACGUCCCGCAUUGUCUGCGACUAUCCCUAGACCACGCCCAGCCCCAACGUCCCAGGAGGCACUCCAUCAAUCUGAGCCCACGUCCUCAGCAUCCCAAAUUUUCGACUCGGCGGCUCGGAAGCCGAUUGACGCGGAAGGUCGCCCAGCUCGAACCUUGAGCGGCGUGAACACGAUGUCCUCGGAAGCCGGCCCCUCGCGAAGAACCCCUCACCGAAUUGGCUUAUCGACUGGAGAUCUUCGCGAACAGGUUCUGCACUCCAACCGUAUUUCCAAGCAGGACAAAGCUUUGGCUAACGAGCAAUACUAUCGACAGCUACUCCGAUCCCGCUCCGUCCGAUCCAACUACCGCGUGCGCGACCUCAGGGAACAUGCCGGCAAGGCUCCGGACCCCGAAUGGCGCUGGUGCGGCUUCCCAGGUUGCGACAACGGUGCCUGUCGAUACAAUUUCCUUCUGUCAUGGGGAACCGGAUACGUCAUCACCCCUCUUGAUUCAGGAAGAGACUGUGACAUUCUGAAGGAUCUUCUUAACGCCUUUGGCUCUCAGAACUGGAACUACAUGGCGGAGCCCCAUAGCCGGGUUUCGUUUGCAACAUCGCCUCCUGUCAGGAACGCCGUUGGCCAGUUUCUCAUUCGCUUCAACCAUCUGCAGGGUGCCGCUGGGGGGUGGGACAGGGGAGACUAUCAAGCAGCAGCGAUUUAUUUCACCGACAUGCGCACCAAGAACUUUCCCGUAAUGCAUCCGCACAAUAUCAAGAGGCUUCACAGCGAGAUGGACAAAGAGCUCUCGCGUUCGGACUCUGCUGUUGCCCCAUGGCGUCUUAUUCUUCAGUUCAUCAUGCACCUCGAGGCAUGGAGACAGCACCAGAUCAAGCAAGGAUAUCCUUGGGACUGGCCUUUGUACGAUGCUCUCGAUAUGUAUCGGACCAUUCUCGAGACCUAUCGACAAUCCAUUGGCAAGGGUUUCUCGACUCUGAAGACUGAGGUGCAGGCAGAGCAGGACAAGGCUUGGGUGCUCUGGUGGGAUCAGAUAGGAGAUUGGAAGCUGAUCCAGGAGGGAACAAUGUUUCCGAUGCGGUGGUCUAUGAAGGUGUGGGACAGUACAAGCCACAUUGGUGGCCAAAUUGGCCAAGAGCGCCUGGGUUGGACGUAUCUCUAG